AUGGCUGAAGAACUUGGACUUUCACCAAAGUUUCUUGCUCCAUAUGUAGUUGACAAACAAGGCGAUAAAUACAUUGCAAAUGUUCCUAAAGUCAUUCUCGAGCACCUUCGUUCACCAGAUUUCACUGAAGAUGUAAAUCCAAUGAAACAACCACAGCAUGCAAAGCUUCACUUGGUUUUAACCAACAACUCUUCUAAAGACGAAAACGUUACAAUCGACGAUCUUGUUGAAAGAGAAUUCAGCUCAGAAAAGUGGACCAAGAAGGUCAAAAUACAUCUUGCAAGCAAAGGCGUUUACCAGGCUAACCGUGCAUCCAAUGAAGACGACAUCGAAUACUCACCAUUUGGCAGAUCAGACGAUAAGUUCACAGUCAAGCUCGAUGGUCUUCCAGAGCCAUUCGAUAAAAACGAUGUUAUGGAUCUCCUCUACGAUUGCGGCUGCAACUACUUCGAUAAGGUUAACAUUCCAAGAGAAAGAGACUCAGAUAAGCUCAAACCAGUCGCUUUUAUCAAAUUCGAUCGACUUAGACACGCAAUUCUCUUUAUUGAGAACAACCCACAAAUUAAGAUUGGUCAGUUCAUCUUAGCACCAAUGCUUGUACCUUAA